AUGCGAACCCUUUAUGCAUCAAUCAAAGACAUUAUUCCAGUUACCAAAAACUGGAAAGUAAAAAUGCUCGUUGCAGAAAAAUCUCCAAAAAGGAUUGCACGAAACUCAAUAACAAAAUAUCAGAAUCUCACAUUGAUAGAUCCUCAGGGAAAUCGUUUACAAGCAGUCAUAUUUGGUAAAGAUAUCGAUCUGCGUGAUGAUACAUUGCAGGUUUUUCAAUCUUAUUAUAUAGGCAAUGCAUAUGUCAAAGCAAUAGAUCCAAGACACAAAAUCGAAUCGCAUGAAUAUCAAUGGAUCAUCAAUUCGAGGACAAUUAUUGAAAAUGUUGAAGAUGACGAACCUGUGCUAAAGGCUCCAGAGUAUAAUAUCAUCCCUUUUAAUGAGCUUGAUGCUUAUAAGGAUACAGAUUCUGAAAUAGCUAUUGCAAUCCAAAUGAUGCCACCCAGAGAAGUCAGCACUGUUAAUGGAAAGGCAACAGUUCAAGAUAUACAACUUAUUGAUAAGAGCCUGAAGCCUUUAAUUUUAACAAUGUGGGCUCGAUUUGUUCAUGACGAAUGUCAACAAAUUUCAAACAUCAUUGCAACAAAACCCAUAAUUCUUGGAAUGCGAAUUAAAGUUGGUUCUUAUGAAGGUCUAUCUUUAUCAUCACAAGUGACAAGCGUGUUUACCAUCGAUCCUCUUUUACCAGCUGCGGUUUCGUUACGUACAUGUUCUCGAGUAUAUUUGGAAAUAGAAGAUGACACAGGAUACAUAGCAGUUGUUGCCUUUGGAUUGGUGGCAGAAGAAAUUCUGAAUUUUACAGCAGUUUAUCUAUUAGAGCACACAGGCGAGGAACGCCUACCAUAUUUAGCAAACAUUGCAAGUGCAAUUUUAGAAAAAGAAUGGAUUAUACACUUGCGCGCAGAGAUGAAUCAAUAUGGACAAUUACGACAGAACAAGCUCAAUGUUCUCUAUGUCGAAUCUAUAAAUUAA